AUGAACACUGAAACAAAGGAAAAAAGUAUUGUAAAUAGUUGCUUCACAUGCAAGGGUGAAGAAAUAGAUAAAAAUAAACGUACGAGACUGUUUGGUAAAAGCAAAACUCACGAUUUCGUGGGUAUCCUUCGCGAAACUGCGAAAAUCGACUUAGACAUUUACAGUGACAAAUGUGGGCCGACUUCAUUCUUGUGUCGUAACUGUGUAAAUAAAUUAAAGCGUCUGGACGAAGCUAACAAGUCCGUAAGUGAGUUGAAUAAGUACUUUCGAAAUUCAUUUAAUGGAAGGGAACUGACACAGAAUAACGAGCCAAAGCGAAGAUUGCAUGACACUAGUUUCGAAGUCACAGAGAUAACAAGAAAGUCUCUAAAAUUUGAUGAACAAGAUGAUCCCUUACUGGACUCGGACAGUGCAAGUGGCAUUGAACAGAAAGACGUUACUUUGAUUGUCACACAGCCUUUUAUUCCCACCGCCACCGUUCAACCAGGACAAGCGUCACAAGCCUUAACGAGCAAUAUUGAUUUGUGCCCGAUAUUUAUGUCCACGCCUAAGAAAGCGCCAGUGAACAAAAAAACUGAUGAGAGCAGGGUUACUAUCUCUGUAAAGUAUCCUUCAAAGGUGAAAAAUAAAAACAUUGUAGGAGACUUUGCCCAAAUUAACUUUCAACUUUAAAAAUAUUGCAGAUUUGUUGAUAAUGGCCUUCCAUUUAUCUUGCCGUGUGUUGGGUUUUCCAUGUGAAGGUCAUUGAAGGUCGAUCUUCCAAUUAUCGUGUAGAUAAUUGUGAUUGGUCAAUUGCUGGGAAGUCAAAUGCAUAGCGAAUGUGAGCAGACGUUAGGUGAGGCCUCGGGCCACUAACAACGUCUGCGCAGGAGGCUAACCACAGCCCGGUCUAUUGUGACAACGAAAGUUUCUUUUUGUUACAGAUGUAUUCACUUAGCAAACAACUCGAUACAAAAACAUUAUCAAAAUGGCGUCCGUGAUGAACGAUUGCCUGAGAACAAUAUGUGGAGUAGUGACGACUUCAGAGACUACCUCAGGUAAACAGGGGCUGGUUAUUCAAUGAAUGAAAAUUGUUGUUUUUGUUGGUAUAUUUCUGUACGUCUGUUCAAAACGUCAAAAAAUAAAACUUCUAUUGACCAGACAAGAUAUCAUGAAAAAUCAGGGGGCGGAUCAACUACAAAAUCUUUAUACCGGGUGUCCCAAAAAAAACCUGGACACUGUUUGAUUUCAUGUAACGUAAAAGCUAUAAAAGCUAUCGCAAUGAAAUAAAGAUCAUUGCAUUCAGAAAGGACUAACUUAGAUUUUGAUAUAUAGCACUUGAAUUUACAUGCAAUAUAUACCCUACUACAAGUUUGUUUCUAAACCAAUCUUGAACAAAAAAGUUUUGACGAAAUGUCAUUCUGAGGUCAGCGAACUAACCUUUCUCUCACGACAAUGUCAAUGGGCCACUUUUAAUAUUCAAUUUAUAUUUCGGAAAUAAGAGUUUAUGCUGCCUGUAUGUACAUUUAUAAAUAUGUAUAUACUACUAUAUUUACUUAGUAGAGACGAAUUGUUUUUCUUCCAAAGGCAAAGAGGUCAAGGCAAAUUAUGGGAAGAAGUAAUAUAUCCCGGCAUGCGUCAGGCGAUUGUUUACACUUUGGAAUGCUGUCAACUUAGUUUAGAAGCAAGAAAGGUGAGCUGGGUCUGCCCUCC